CUUCCUGACAGAGAGGAGCUGCUGUCUCGGCUGCUGGAGUGUCGUGUUGUGAUCUACAACAUCAGCCAGGAUCCUGAGCAGGUGGAGGAAGCUACCUGGGCGGUUACAGAGCUCCACAAUCAAAUAAGCGGUUUUUCUGGACCGAAGCUCUUCAUCCUGGUUUCGACAGUGAUGACCUGGGCCUCCAGCAAACCUUUAGAUCCRGACGAGCCGGAGCUCCCGUUCACCGACGAGAUCUUCUGGAGCAGAAGAGCUCAUCCCAGCUUCCUGCGGCACAUGGAGCUGGAGAGGACCGUGGUGAAGCUGGGCAAAACUAACCGAGCCCUGCUGUCCACRUACGUGGUGGCGUCAGGACUGCAGUACGGGAUGGGAGAGCAGAUCUUUCACUACUUCUUCAAGACAUCGUGGCUGGGACAGGACAGGACGAUCUCAGUGUUUGGAGACGGGCAGAACAUCGUUCCAACGAUCCACAUCAGUGACCUGGCCAGAGUUCUGCAGAACGUGAUCGAGCAUCAGCCUCGGCCGUAUUACCUGCUGGCUGUGGACUCGUCCAACAACAGCAUGGAGGAAAUCGUGAAGGCGAUCUCCUCGGCUCUGGGACCAAAAGAGAUCCAGAUGAGGCCAUUGGAGGACAUCUACCUCAUCCAGGACCUGAGUGAGGUGGAAAUGGAUUACCUGCAGGUGAACCUUCGGAUGGAGGCCGUCCACAUCAAGAAGCUGUUCUCCAGCAGCUGGCUGUGUGAGUCGGGUCUGGUGGACAACGUGGAGCUGGUGGUGGAGGAGUAUCGGCAGAACCGGGGGCUGCUGCCCCUCCGCCUCUGCGUCCUGGGUCCUCCUGCGGUCGGGAAGAGCACCGUGUCCCAACGGAUCUGUGAGCGCUACAAACUGCACCACAUCCGGCUGCAGGACGCCGUCUCUGAGGCUGUCGCUCGGCUGGAGGACUUGGUGAAGAAUUCUGACCCGGAUGUGGACGGGAACGCAGCAGAGGCCCAGGAUCUGCUCACCAAGCUGAAGCACACAGAGGACAACAAGCCUGAACUCAAUGUUUCCGAGGAGCAGAUGAAAGUGUUGAAGGAUAAGUUGAUGUCUAACCCCUGCAGAAACCAGGGCUUUGUUCUCGAUGGUUUCCCCUGCACGCAUGAACAGGCCAAAGAGUUGUUCAGCGAGGAAGAAUCACCUUCAGACAGCAGGAGGGUCUUCAUGCCAGAGCUGGUUCUGUGUCUGGACGCGGCCGACUGGUUCCUGAAGGAGCGAGCGAUGAACCUGCCGGAGCGCCUGGUGCAGGAGCUGCACUACGAGCCGGAGCGCUUCACCCGGAGGCUGGCUGCCUACAGAGAGCGCAGCGCAGAGGACGACUCCGUCAGCGACUACUUUGUGGACCGGGACGUGGCCCUCCUGCACCUGAAGGUCAGCAGCAGYGAGGAGCAGGACUGCUGGCUGAUGAUGCAACAGAUCUUCGACACGCUGGGCCCCCCCAGGACCUACGGCCCCAACACCUGGGAGGUGCAGGAGGAGCGGAGGAGGGAGACCGAGAAGAAGAUGAAGGAGGCCGAGGAGAGGGCCAGGGAGGAGCAGAGGGAGGCGGAGGAGGAGGCCAGGAGCAGGGCUGCACGCUGGGAGGAGUGGACUCUGUGUCUGCAGGAGGAGAGGCUGCGGGAGGAGCAGGAGAUGGAGGAGCAGUCGGGCCCGAUGAGGAGCUACCUGAUGGAGCACGUGAUGCCCACGCUGACCCGGGGUCUGAUCGAGUGCUACAGACGUCAGCCAGAGAACCCCGUGGAGUUCUUGGCAGAGUUCCUGUUCAAGAACAGCCCCUACGAGUUCCCAAAGUAGACUCUUCAGCUCUCCUGUGCGCCGGCCACCACUUGAAACACAUCCCGUGAAAGCGUGCACRAGGCAGGAAGCUCAUUAGGAACGUUAAUUUGUUUAAUGAAGGCCGCAGCAGACCCGCUCYGCUCAUAACCGCUCAGAUUCGACUGCAGGUUUCCAGGAAGGUUGAAAUGUUUGGAAAUCGCAGCUAAUUUCGCGGCUCUCUGGAGUUCCCAUUCGCAGCUCCAAAGUGUUCAUAAUUAGCUGCAGCAGAAUCGCAAAUAAAACAAUUUUGCYGUUCGUAAUCACCAGGCAGGGAAAUUAUCUGAGUUUCCUCGUGAAACAUUGAGACAAAUGUGUCAUAAAGUUAUAUUCUGUAAUAAACAUGUUGACACGAUGUUCUUCCA